AUGGCGGCGAUUGGAAGACAAAACCAACUUGAGUAUUUUUUGCAAGGAAGCGUUGGAAAAGACUCCGUCAAAGCUCUGCUGGAAAGACUUAAAGGAUUGUGUGAUGGCGCAUCAAGACAAUUUGCUACGUUUCAGGAUCAUGAAAUAGUCUACACACUUGGUAAUAAUAUAUUGCAUUUUCAGGGCUCUGUCAGUUGCAUAUUUUUAAGAGUUCAUUGAAGCAACUCAGAGUUGCUUCUAUAAAUGCUUUUGAUUUACAGAGGCUUUAGCUUCUAUUUUUGCUUCUCAGAGACCAAAUACUAUAUUCAUCCGUUGAUUUUCUCUCAAGCGUUCUUCCUUGAUCUUAGAGAUCCAGAGAUGCCAUCCUCUGCAAAACUCAGUAACUUCCACAGUUCCAGAGUCAUGAACUCUCCCCACCCCCUCUAAACGACCCAUUCUAACCCUGGUACCCCCACUGGCAUUUCCAUCCUAAGUAGCCCUCGGUUUCCAAGCCAGAUCAUUCUAUUUCAUGGUCAGGUCAUUCCUCAGUUCAGUUUAAAAUUGAAAGUGAAGCGCUUGCUUUUGGCUUCUUAGCUUAAAGACUCGUGAAAAAUUCUGUUGUGGAACAAUCUGACUAUUAAGUGGAACGAUUUGGCGUCGAACUAUCUGACCAUGGAACCAGAUCCCCCCUUCCCCACAGGAUCUCUACUUCUUUUCCAUGAAGAAUAAAAAAAAGUGUUUGGUUUUAUAGGUAAUCCCAGUAGCAAUAUUUCAUUAAGAGCUCGACAUUCUUUAGAUGAUUCAAAAGCUCCAUGGUAAGUAUUUUAUUGAUAAAAAUAUAGUGUAGAUAUCCAGUGCUGUCAACUCUUCCGGAAAAUCUGGGAGACUCCAGAUUCUGGACCGUAUCUCCCAGUCUCCAGAUUAGAGUGGAAAAUCUCCCUGCCGAAGUUUGCCAUUUCUUGUAGACUUGACUUUCUGACCCUAAAAUUUUAAUUUUUUGUGUUGUUUAAAGUAAUUUUACUGUUAACAUAGGACGUUCCUUGUAAACUCUGGCAUGCCAUUGUAAUUUAAGCAAUAAUGUGGCUUAAUAUGAACUGUUUUAUAGGGUAUUUACAUCGAUCAGAGUCAACGAGUACUUUUUGCUCAAUUGACUUCAUGUGCCGUGCGAUAUGACAUCAUCUAUUCACCCUUCCCUAUCAUUUCUCAAUAUUUGAAGACGUGAGGGGUUGACAGCCCUGGAUAUCCCACAAUUAUUAUACUCUUGGAUUAUGUUAAUUUUAUUCUGUAGUGAUGCAUGCAUAGAAUGGAACUAGAACAUCUUGAACAGCAUCUUGAACACUUCUUGAGUAGCAGCCCUUUAGUUGACCAAUGUACUACCUUGAAGACCUCCACAACCCUCCACAAAUGUACUAAGGUUGUUGGAAGAUGUAACACCUUCCUUCAUUUUUUUUUUUUGACAGGCAGCUGCGUUACGUUGGCCAAAGUGAAACAGAUAAAAGCCGCAGCACUUUGUUACGAAGUUGUGUUGAGGUGUCAACAAGUGACAAUCUAACAACAUUCCUCAAGGAACUCGGAUUUAGGUCAUUUUUCUUGUUCAUAAUAUUAUUUGACUGUCUCAGUAAGAUACCUCUUACAAAUUUUCAAACAUGUUGCAUGAAAAAUGGGAUUUACCGGUGGUUAGUGUUUCAUUAUUUGCCUUGAAUGUUCAUUUCUGUUCCAUAUUCCCACAGGCAUGAAAGUGAGUUUGUCCUGAAAGGUUAUUAUUUUGUCAAAGGUCACAUGCGGAUCACUGUCAGCCAAGUUUGCAGGGUAAGGUCCCAUUUAUGCACCAAGUGAAUUAAUACAGCAGGGCCCAGUUGUUCAAAGCUGGGUUAAGAUAACCCAGGGUUAGUGCGUGAUUUGAAUUAAGAUUUGAAAGCUUAUAAAGCAUUUCAGUUUUAAUUUUUUUUUUCUAGAAGUUGAUGAUUGGAAGCUCUAAAAAUAUCAGAGAAUAUUAUCUGAGAAAAAGCUUUUGAACACGAGAAAAAGAAACCUGGUCUUGUAUCAGUUUUCUUAUCCCUGAGUUUUCUGACCCCCCUUUAAUUUUUUCGAGGCAUAUUUUUUCAAUGCAUUUACUUAAAUGCUACUGGCAAGUUUUGUACAUUGCUCUCAUCACUAGAUGAUGUCAAAAUACCAUAUGGACCUGAUGCUAAAAUGGCUGUUGGGUUGAUAUUCUUUUGUAUAUUUUAAAAUUAGCCUCACUAACCUUGCUUGAGAUAAGGUAUCCUUUUGAAUGUUGUACUUAAGACAAGGCUAGUAAAGCUGAUUUGAAUAUGAACAAAAGAAUAUUAAACUAGUGUCCAUUUUGACAUUGAGUAUACAGCCAACCAUUAAUAGUUUAAGCAAAUAUUUACAGGACUCUAGCUAGCUUCAUAAUAGAGGUUUGGAAUAUUAAUCUUGCAACAGGUUUGGUUGUAAUUAAAUUAAACCAAUAUCAUUUUUACUCUUUAUAUGGCAGUAACACUAUUGUUAACAUAAAUUUCAGGUUGGAGGUGUAAAUGAACCACAGUCAGCCCAACCUAUUUCUGAUUCCUAUCUUGUGGAGAUUAGCCUCAUGGCCACUGUUCAACAGGUGACUGUUACAAACCCUAACACACAUUGGAAUUUUUGACGUGUUAAAUUGAAAAAUUUAAUAAAUUUUCUGAAAAUAUCCUUUGCUCUUAUUGGGCUUUUGGGGGACUAUAUAACAUUUUAAUUUGAAUGGAACAUAACAAGGCUAAGAAUCCCAACUGUUAGGAGGUGAACAAGUUGGCCAUUUUACAAGAGUGGCCAAGGUUUUGUACUUGGGACUACUGAGAACAAAUCCAGCUAGCACUCAGCAGGUUAGGAAUUGGACUUGGGGGCCUCUGGGUUAUAAAUCUACAGCACUCUAACUGCUCAGCCACUCUGCCUUCUUAAUGCUGCCAUAUUCAUUAUCUACAGAUUGUCCAACCAUCCUGAUCUUGUUGAGAUUCUCCUGAUUUUGCUUGAAAAUCCAGAAAACUGGUCAAUAUGUGAUCUGUAUUCUGUAUAGGAAAAAUCCUGAUUUAGACAUCUGUUCUGAUCUUUUCAAAAGAACUCCUAUGAUACUAAUACAAGAAUAGAAGAACACAAGAGUAUGCUUAACUGAAACUGACAUCCAGAAAACUUACACAAAACCGCACAAAAUAUAAAAUACAAUCGAGUACUUGUAGUUAUUAAUUACUAUUGGAAAUAAGCAUUAAAAUGACAAUCAAUUUAGCGAACAUUUUACACUAGAAAUGAACACCAGAAAUGGUGUUUCAGGGCAUCAAGUUUUUAAAAUUUUCAGAGAGGGCAUGCCCUCAAACACCCCCCCCCCCCCGCCACCUCCUCCCAGCAGCUUGCUCAUUCAACACUUGAUAAUUUGUUGGUUAUUAAAGACUAUCCCGAUUUUACAUACCCACAAGGCUGGACAGUCUUAAUCUAUUAUUAUUUUAGUGGUAUGCUUGUUAUUUCCCGGAAAACCCAUUUUUUUCUUCAUUACUCAUCCUCAGGGGCCAAAUUAUUGCUCACUGUAAGGGCAAUUUUUAAUGCUGGUUCAAUGUGCAAAAGCCAUGAAAAAUGAUAUUAAUGUAUUAUGUUGUUUCCGUAGGACACAUUAGCGGAAGAAAUUAAAGGAUUUUCAGAACACUUGAAACCGUAUCCUUGUCCUAAGUUAACCCAAGUUUAUGGCUUAGACUUAUCACCAAAUACCAGUCAACAGAAUACAUCUUAUGUCUAACGAAUUGUUUUCUGCUUCACAAUAGAUUGUUAUGGCUAACCUAAAAUAUAAUGACCAAUUAUCAUUUCAGUAAUUUUCAUCUUGUUUCCAGGGGCAAUUAUACAACAUGCUGAAGCGUUCCUGCAUUGUAGUUGGAUAAGUCCAUUUUGCCACAUGUCUGUUCAGUUAAAAAUCAAACUGUUUUGAGAGCAAUCAAUAUAUUGAUUAGCUCACUCACAUGGAAAAGCUUGUUAUACAGGCUAUUAGUGGUCAACUCAUCUGCACUUAUUGGUUAUAUUUUUGUUUUUAGCCCAAAGUGCCACAGUCAUAAAUGAUCUGUUAUAAUCCAUUCUACAUUUGCAACUUAUUUCCUUGACAAAGUAUUGUUCUUAGGCUCGUUCACUUGGAGAAGAUUGACCAUCGAAAAAUACAAAUGACUUGACUUCACUAGGGUAGGUGUAUGUGGUUACAGACAGUAUUCAGUACAGUGCAUCCAUUCAAACGUAUUGAUGCCGACACCCAUUAACACCAGCCGAGCAAGAUAUUGAAAUGUUCGCGUGGAGAUGAUAUGAUCAUCACUUCAUCUUCAAAGUACUGUGGAGUACGUUAACGCAGAAGAUGAGAAGACAAGAUGCAAGGAAAAACUAAGAUCCAAGACAAGAAUUACGAAAAGUUGUUCAGGUUCCAAGAUUGUAAUCUGCAGAGAAAAUCGCACAGGGGCUAAGUGGACUCUAAGGAGAGAGAAAACUCCAUCCGCCCCUCCCUAGUUCACCCGCUUCGGUAUCGGGUCACCUCGCCAAUCGCCACCGACAAAAUCGCCCACAAGAAUAGAACUUAGCUUAGCAUUCUUUUGAACCUUCAUGAACGGAAAUUUCUUAACUGUUACUUUAUUUUCAUCUUUCAAAGAAAUGACUAGUGGUUGUGAAACGUUUCUGCCAGUUUUUUAAUCUCUCAAAUGCCAAAGUUUACAUUCAUAGAACCUAUAAAUGUUUUAUUUGUAUCUGCAUUACCAAGAGCAUAAGACGUUCGACGCAAGGAUAGUCAAUUAGGAUCGAAAGACUUGUAUUUGGGUCGACUUUAAAUUCGAAUAAGCUUGACGAAAAAGUAAAAAUCUUAGGUUAGUAAUCCCAGGUCUUAAACUGUGUGAAUUAUUCAGAGUUAUUCGUUGUUGGCGAGUCGACUUCUUGGUGGCGAUUUCGUUUGUGGCGAGAUGACCGUAAACCCGCGCAUCCUAUUUUUGCUUGACAUUGUUUACCUAACAUCCCCAACAUUUAAGAGGCUAGUUCAGGCUAGAUUCAAGUUCAUUCCAGAGUUUAUCUUGUUACAAUGUUGCAAACAAUCAUUGAUCAAAAUGUGUAAUUAUAUAUUUAUAUUUAUAGCUAAAUGAACCAUGUUUUCAAAUAAACCAAAAAUAUUUGGCCUUGUAAUUAGUGUGAUAGUCUGUGCACAGACGGUUUUCUUUUUUCCAGGAAUCUGGCGUGCGCCAGAACGAAGAGUCAAUAAAUCCCCUCGUGCUACAUACUCUUAGGAUGGUCCAAGGAAAAAAGGCAAACCGGGUGGGUACUCCAGAGAUUUCUUGGGGGUUAUGCCACUCGGUUCUUCAAAUCCUGACCCUAUUUCAGACCCAAAAAUGUCAUUUUUCACACCCGUUAUCAGACCUGGCCUCUAAAAUCCAUACCCAUUCUCAGACCUGACCUUUAAGAAAUUAUGUCAUCAUUACUUAGAUUAGAACAACAACAAAAAAUAUUUCUUAAAAUCCAUGGUGAUUUCAAAAUCGAACGAGCGCGCAGCGCGAGUUCGAUUUGAAAUCACAAGUAUGAUUUCAGACCAAAAUUGCACGACACGAAGUUCAAUUACCACUUUAUUACAUCCAUUUUGAAAUCGCAGAAUUUAGUCAGUACUAAUAUUUUAUUGAUCGAGUAGCCGGUUUGUUAAAAAGCCGAAACAAAAAGGCUUUUACAUCUCAUUUUGUAUUCGAAACAGAAAUGAUGCAAUAUAUAGAACAAAAAUGGUGCAAUUCUAAAACAGAAAUGAUGCGAUUUAGAACAUGAAUGACGCGAUUUGGAACAGAUGCGAUUUAGCGCAAAAAAUGGUGCGAUUUAGGAAUAAAUCACACUGCUGAGAGCCAAUCAGAUUGCACGGAUACCCAGUGAUUUCAAAGUGGAUGUAAUAAAUGUCGAAAUCAUCCUCGGAGACCCAGGGGCAGAAGAAAAGGAAAGAGCGCUUCUCCCCGUUCUUUACUUUUCUUCGCACCAUCUUUUCCCGCCCAUUUAGACUUUCCCUCGCCCACACCAUCUGCCCCUGGGUCUCCGAGGAUUUGUCGAAAUCGCAUAUUUCUUUUUCUUUCUCACUCAUUUGGAAUUGAAACAAUAAGUACGUUCAUACACUCCUGUACUUCCCUCCAAAACCAUACCUGAUUCCAGACCAAAAUGAACAAAGUCUGUACCCGUUUUCAGACCAAAACGGCGCAAAAACUCUACCCUUUGGUGCGGCACAUACCUAUAUGCCUUAUAUAAGGGAGUAUCCCCCAAGGCUUGAAGCCUGAAAAAGUACCCCUUUCGGGAGGAGCCUAAAAUUUUAGAUUCCAUGCCGAAUUCUGGUCUUUUUUUCGGUCGGUCCUCUUUGUCCUCUCCUCGCCUCUAAAUAUGUUAUUGGAUACCAUAUCAGUAGACAUAAUCGUGCAAAUGAGAAGAAAACAAUUAUCGCGUUAUCUCCUUUAUCUUGUUUUUCGUGGUUGACGCUUCUUCCUUCGCGGCUUUUUACUUCAAUACCUCAUUGUCUGUUUUGGAAUGCAGCCCACCCCGCUGAGGAACGUAUCACCUCCCCAGUCACGUGACAAAAAUUUUCUUUUAGGACAACUGUUUGUUGUGCUGGCACUUCGGCACUGAAUGAUCGUGGACGAAGGCAGUGAUGGCCAUUCGAUGUUGUGUUGGCUGGAUUUGCUUAGCCUUCCCGGCUUUACUUCUCCUUGAUAGCCUUGAUGUAUGCAUAGCGCAAUCAGGUAGUUUAAGGAUGUGAGUCAUUUUUCUUCGCUGCAAGAAACUUAGUCUUACCGUGAUUUUUCUUAUGCCGACCGUGAUUAAUGUUUUUGGGUAGGUCUUUCCCAUGGUCCGAGCGCUGACAUUAGGGCACCAGACAAGUUGAGACUGCUUGCAUUAACAGUUGCAACAGACGAGACAGAUGGUUAUAAAAGAUUUAUGAAAUCUGCAAAGGCCAACCACGUAGAUGUGAAGGUAUUCUUUAAUUAUUUAUUUGCCUCAAUGGCGUGCGGUUCCAUUCAGCGCGCAUUCUGCUUCGGCUCAACGUUCGUUCGGAUGAUAGCUGAUUUCGUCAUUGUCUCUUUACCGUCUUUAUUUGUUAAUGUUCUUUGUGUUACAAUUGUUUUGCAAUCUUUUUCUCUGUAGUGCUCAUGGAACAAGUCCCAGGUUUCUUAAAAUCAAAUUCUGUGUGUGCCGUAACAAUUUUGAGCUUUCCUAGUGUCAAAAUUGUCAGCUGAAGAACAUGUUAAUUACACGUGUCUUUGUAUUUUGCCACUGUUCCGAAUUUGAAUAUUGAUCUUUUAAUCAUUACGCCAAUUGUAAACAAAUCUGACUUUUCCUUUUGUAAUAUCUCACUCCAAAAGUGCUAAGCUAGCACUAUUCUCCUUUGUUGGUGAAAACUGACAAACAUGGCAAACACACCGAAAUCUAUCAGUUGUGCAUCAGUAAUAUUUAUUAAACGAGAAAACGGUUCGAUGUUGAUGAAUUAAGUAACAGUUUUUUGACGACAAAUUAAAUGUUUUU